AUGGGACAGAAUGACAGCUCUGUGGUUGAGUUCAUCCUGUUAGGCUUUUCUCACCUCCAUGAACUCCAAGUACACAUGUUUGGAGCUUUCUUAGUUAUUUAUCUGGUGACUCUGACAGGAAAUGCCACCAUUGUUACUGUCAUCUUUCUGGACCACAGCCUACAUAUCCCCAUGUACUUGUUCCUGCAGAACUUGUCUGUGGUGGAAGCAAGCUUCAGCACAGCCAUUAUGCCUGAGAUGCUGGUGGUCCUGACUAGAGAGAAAGCGACCAUUUCCUUUGGGGGCUGUUUUGCACAGAUGUAUUUCAUUCUUCUCUUUGGUGGGACUGAGUGUUUUCUCCUGGGGGCAAUGGCUUAUGAUCAAUUUGCUGCAAUCUGCCACCCUCUGACCUACCCAGUCAUUAUGAGCAAAAGGAUCUUUGUGAAAUUGGUGAUGUCCUCAUGGGUCUUGGGCAUCAUGACAGCUACUGUGGAGGUCACAUGGGUGUUUAGCUUCCCCUUCUGUGGUCCUAGUAAAAUUAAUCAUAUAUCAUGUGAAACCCCAGCAGUGCUGGAGCUUGUCUGUGCAGAUACCUUCCUGUUUGAAGUCUAUUCCUUCACAGGUACCAUGUUGAUUGUCAUGAUCCCCUUCCUAUUAAUACUCUUGUCUUAUACUCGAAUUCUCUUCACCAUCCUGAGGAUGCCAUCCACUACAGGGAGGCAGAAGGCCUUUUCCACGUGUGCCUCUCAUCUCACCUCUGUCACCCUCUUCUAUGGCACAGCAUGCAUGAGUUAUUUGCAGCCUAAAUCCAAGUACUCACCAGACACCAAGAAACUGAUGUCAUUGGCUUACUCUCUGCUCACCCCUCUGCUGAAUCCACUUAUCUACAGCCUGAGAAACAAGGAGAUAAAAAGGGCUGUGAUAAAAUUAUGCCAAAGAAAAGUGAUUUUGUUACUUGCUGAGAAGCCAUUUGAGAUUUGGAAACCACCCAAAGAAAUGUAA